AUGCAGCGUAACCGACAGAGGCCUAUGUUAGCAGGUGGUGCUAAAAACUGGGCCCAUAGCCAGGAAGUCAAAAUCAAGCUAUAUGGUAUCCGCAAGAACUACUGGACCAAGGAGGUCUAUCAAGCAAUGUCACGAUAUGGCAACGUUUUCAAAAUCGACAUGGAACCCAACAGUCGCGAUUGCAAUGCAUUCGUAGUGUUUCGACCCCCUCCUCAUAAGCCUAUUCCACAGCAAAACUUACGCAUUGGUGACGGAGUCGUACGGUCCGAGCUGCGCAACUCGCUUCUGGCUACUAUUCCCAGUCCCACAAAUCCCACGAAGCGGUACUACGAAUUCAACACACUCUUUGCGAAGAGGAUCGAUUUUGGCACAAGGGUCGCAGACAUGGCCAUGCUUGCUAUGCGUACCGAGUCGUCCAAGGACAUUCAAAUGACGCUGCACUUGAGGCGUAAAGAUCUGGAGAUCGAAUUUCCGAUUCGAAUCGACAAUCAGUGGCGCAAGUUUUGUUUUCGUUUGCCUAUUUCGUUAAUCUCGCAUGUUUACAAGACGGAGGAUGAGAGCACUGGUCAGCCCGCCAUUGUCAUUCCGUGCGACUCGCCGCCACAAUUUUACAUGCAGAAGAGAGAGGGUGAAGAGUUGGGCGGCGGCCGAAAGUACACAAGCUUUACUACCAGAGACAAGAUCUGGAAAGAUUGGGAUACCUGGCAUCGGGCGACUGACAUCGUCAGCCGCACAGUCGGAGACGCUUUUCAGCAAUUUCCACUGAUGAACCACAAGGACACGGCUAUCAUUGACAUUGGCCAGUGGACCAACUACCGCCUCGUCUUCGACAGAUCAACGCUGGCCGGACCACAAUUCCAAGAGUUCAGUGAUGCGCUUGCUGAUCAUGGAGUCACGAUUGAGACUGUCGGUCGAUACGCUAUCAGACCGAAGAUGGCAUCACCGCUAUGGAGCCUGCUACAGGAAGAGAUACACGGCACCCACCCGCACCUCGAUUUCACCUCUGGGUCCAGAAAGUUGUCCUCUGAUGACCUCUCAACAACCAAAGUCUACUUGAACUUCCCCGUACGCUAUCAACUUGAAGUCUGCCUUUCGAACGGAUAUCUUAGAGAGCAUAACAUCACCAUCGAGUUCCUGCAGAAGUUGGAAUCGCUUGAAAGCCAGGAGGCUGUGUGUCUCUUGGAGAAGGUUGCUGACAGGCAACAUACUUACUAUGAUCCAAUGGAGAUAUUUGGAAUCCAAUUCAAGAACUGCAAAAGGAAGAUACCAAAAUAUUGCGUCCUCCAACGAGCGGUUACAAUUACUCCAACCACAAUGCACGUUUCGAUGCCCAUAAUGGAGACGUCUAAUCGCAUCAUCCGCAAGCAUGAAGCAGAUUCGGAUCGCUUCAUUCGAGUACGAUUCUCAGACGAGAAGAAUGAAGGUCAACUGCGCACCUUGCCAAAUGGCAAGGCUGAUGCCAUGUUUGAUAGGGUGCUUCGCGCAAUGAAGAAGGGCAUUGUCGUUGCUGGCAGGAAAUACGAGUUUCUGGCAUUUGGCAACUCCCAGUUCCGCGAACAUGGCGCUUAUUUCUAUGCGCCGACAUCGUCCAAGUCUGCGGAUGAUAUUCGCUUGUCUCUCGGCCAAUUCGACCAUAUCAAAACCGUCUCCAAGUUUGCAGCGCGUCUAGGCCAAUGCUUUUCCACAACACGCGCCAUGGGAGUCACUGUGAACCUUGAAAGGAUCCCAGAUGUUGAGCGUAACGGCUACGUCUUCACGGACGGGGUCGGGAAGCUCUCAUUCUUCCUGGCUCAGAUGGCUGCUCAGGAACUCGGACUACCCAAUGCUUUCACAGACCCGCCCACACUCUUCCAAUUUCGUCUCGGCGGUUGCAAAGGUGUCCUUGCCCUAGACAUGAAGCUAAACCGCAAGGAGGUUCACAUCCGACAGAGUCAAUACAAGUUCCAGGCGCCGUACACUGGUCUUGAGAUUAUCCGAUCAUCUUAUCUCGCGACGCCUUAUUUCAACCGCCAAAUCAUUGUCGUGCUCUCGUAUCUUGGGGUCCAGGAUGCAAUUUUCCUCCGCAAGCAACAGGAGAUGAUGAACGAUUAUGCAAGAGCAAUGAUCGACGAAGGCGCGGCCUUGCAGAAGCUGAAAAAGCAUAUUGAUAUGAAUCAGACGACCCUUACAAUUGCCAGCAUGGUUCUAGAUGGCUUCAUGAAAUCUCAGGAGCCCUUUGUCAUGUCUUUGCUUACGCUCUGGAGGGCCUGUACCAUUAAGAAUUUGAAGGAGAAGGCACGAAUUGCUAUUGACGACGGGGCAUUUGUACUCGGUUGCGUUGACGAGACCUCGACACUCAAAGGGCACAGGAACGAUCCUCAAUGCAGGCAGAGUGCCACAAGAGAUGAAAAGCUUGCAACUCUCCCUGAGAUAUUUUUGCAAGUCGACGACACCAGCAAGAAAGGUGACUAUAUCAUCGUCGAAGGCGUGUGCAUACUGGCACGUAAUCCAUCGUUGCAUCCGGGAGAUGUUCGCAUAGUCCGCGCAGUGAACGUACCAGCACUUCAUCAUCUCAAGAACGUCGUGGUCUUGCCUCAAACCGGGGAUCGGGACUUGGCGAACAUGUGCUCUGGCGGAGAUCUCGAUGGAGACGACUACAUGGUUCUGUGGGAUCGCGAUAUAAUCCCAGAGAUUAUCAAUGUCCCGCCCAUGGACUUCAAGCCAGAGAAGCCAUUCGAAACGGACAAGCCUAUCACGGCAGUGGAUAUGAGCGAGUUCUUCGUCACCUACAUGAAGAAUGACUCUCUCGGCCAAAUUGCGCAUGCCCAUCUUGCACAAGCCGACUGGAACAGCGACGGCGUUGGCAGUGCAGUAUGUCUCGAACUGGCGCAGCUGCAUUCAAGAGCAGUCGACUUUCCCAAGAGCGGGAUACCAGCUGAGAUGAGACGUGAUCUCAAGCCUAAGAGGUGGCCGCACUUUAUGGAGAAGAAGCACUUGGGUGCAGACCAGGUUUAUCACUCUAGGAAUAUCCUCGGUCGUCUCUUUGAUGAAGUACAACUUGUCGACUUCAAGCCUCUAUGGGAGAACCCAUUUGACAGGCGAAUUCUUAAUGCAUAUGACCUUGAGGAGGAACUCUUGAACAAGGCAGCAAAUCUCAAAGUGCUCUACGACGAAGCACUCCGGCGGCUAAUGGCCAAGCAUGGUAUCCAGACUGAGUUCGAGGCCUGGACUGUUUUUGUACUAGGACAUAACCAUGAGAGCCGAGACUAUAAAUUCGCAGAAGAAUUCGGUAGGACCGUGGGAGCAUUGAAGCAUCAAUAUCGUGGGGAGUGUCGCGAUGCUGCAGAGUUGAAGGAUGGCAAUGACUGGGAACGGCUAGGGCCGUUUGUCGCUGCCAUGUACACAGUCACUGCCCGCGAGAUGGAGAGUGCCUUGGACGAGUGCAGCAAGACGAAGGUUGUUGGGGGCCAAGAACAACCUUGCCACAUCAAGGACCCAGAGCAUAUGCCGUUGAUUUCAUUUCCCUGGCUUUUUCCGGGCGAGCUUGGCAAGAUCGCUACAGGCGGCAGCACGAGUUACCAGGUGAAUGGGAUCCAGAGCCAGCAACGCCAGAAGAAGCAUUCUCGCCCAGCUCAUGCUGAAGCCGACGUCGGAACUGUGGAGACGGAAGCUGGAAUCACGCAAUAUGGAGAGUUGUUGGACCUGGACUUUAGCCUUCCAGCGCUCAAGCUGACUGAAAGUACCCGAACAUCUGAAAAUACGAAGGAGCGUUCGGACGCUGCCGAGGACGAUCCGGGUGCACAGGGUAUAUCUGCAAGCUUGCUCUGA